CAAAAAGACGUCGUUGGAGUGUUCGCUUGCUAAGAGCUAAUGACUUACUUGCUUCAUGGCGGCUCCCAGACACCGUCCACAGUUUGGUAGCUAAGGCCAGUUGGGGGUAACUCAUGGCCGGUGGGUAAACAAAAGAAAAGACUGUACCAUCUGGCCAAGUAGCCUUACGAGGAGGAGGACUGGGGGAGAGGAGGAGGAGGGACUGGACGAGGAGGAAAGAUUGAACUUCACCAAUAAUAAUGCAUGGUCAUAAUCCUUACAGCAUCUCUUAUCACUGAGGCAUCAGUGUGGACCAAGUCGUUAAACAACAAAUCAAAACAGCAAAAAAAAGCAACUUUCAGCUGCAUAGUACAAAGUAGGGAAAAAUGUUAGAUGUACAGCAAUUUUUUCUCUAUAAAAAUACUUGUCUUUGUCAGAUAAAUAUUUAAAGUUAAAGUACCAAUGAUUGUCACACACACACUAAGUGUGGUGAAAUUAGCCUGUAUUUGACCCAUCCCCUUGUUCCACCCCCUGGGAGUUGAGGGGAGCAGUGAGCAGCAGCGGUGGCCGCGCCCGGGAAUCAUUUUGGUGAUUUAACCCCCAAUUCCAACCCUUGAUGCUGAGUGCCAAGCAGGGAGAUGGCGGCCAAGCUUUACUAUGGAACAAAGAAGUCAAGCGAACACGGUUGGAUUGGACGACACAUACGAAGUACAGUGUAUUAUGCAGCGAACAUUUCGAAAGAUCAUGUUUCGAAGAGGGUCCCUUGCGAAUGGCAGAAAUGGGAAUCAGCACUCGUCGACUCGUGCUGAAGAAAGGUGCGAAGCCAACUAUUUUCGAUAGACCACGGACAAGUCCGGAGCACCCGACCCCCUCCACAAGCGGACAGACUGGGCACAUGAGGUCUGCAUUUGCCAAAAGGGAAAGGAAGAGGACAAUAGAUCAGAUCAUGGACAGUACGACUACGGCAUCAGUGGCGGAUGCGGUGGAUGAACCAAUGGCAAUGGCACUAGAUUUGCCUGAUGAGGAGGGCGAUCAAGAUCAGGGAAAUACAAGAGAACAAGGAUGCCAGACGGACUGGGUACCGAUUGGGACAGCACCAACAGCAAUGACCAGUAGCAAGAGCACCCAAACAGGGAAAAUACAUCAUAGAUCAAAGGGACACCAGGUGACCCCAGAGAUCCUCGAGAGGGUUAGAGCUCGGCCGGCCAGGGUUAGUGAAGUCCCAUUGUCAAGUGUAGCAGCUCCAUCUGACAGCCCCGAGAUGCAGACUAACAUAGCAGCUCCAGGUGUGUCUGGAAUGCAAGCCAAGCUACGACCACCUCCUGCAUGGUUUGAUGAAGGACCAGCAUCAAGUCCCACUGCGCCUUUUGUUGGUGGUUCUUCCGAUGACAGCUAUGUGCCGAGUGAGUCAACGACAUCGGAUCCGUGUCAAUCUGACGGGUCGCCAGAUCGCCCAUGUACUCACCAGAUGCGUGAAGAGGGCUGCCACAAGGAACCGAAGUACAUCAUCUUUGAGUCGUGCCUCCAGAGUCUCGUCAAGUGGUGUCACUGUCCAGUCUGUGGCAGCCAGGACAUAAGCCCUUCUUGGGAUUCGAACGGUACACAGCUGACCAUGACUCUUCAAUGUGCAUCAUGUGACCAGAGGAGUAGUUGGAGCAGCCAGCCAAACAUUGGCCCUUAUGCCGCGGGCAACAUCCUGCUGUCUGCUGGCAUCCUCUUCGCUGGGGCAUCUUCUGGCAAGGUGUUGCAAGUGCUGAACAGCAUCGGAGUGGUCACGUAUGUGAAGAGGACAUUUUUCAACCACCAGGAGCUCAUCCUGCAGCCAGCCAUCAAAAAGGUGUGGGAGGAACAGCAACGGACGCACCUCACCAUGCUGCAGGUGGAAGGCCGACCCCUCGUCCUUGGUGGUGAUGGGCGAGCAGACAGUCCGGGACACAGCGCCAAGUUCGGUACCUACACCACAAUGGAGCUUGUGGCCAAUGUGGUUCUCGACCUUCAGGUUGUACAGAGCAACGAAUGUCUUGGCAGCUACCAUAUGGAGAUGGAAGGACUGAAGAGGAUGGUGGAACUGCUGAUCAGCUGGGACCUGGAUGUCGGGGUGCUGGUGACAGACCGACACAGACAGAUCGCUAAAUGGAUUCGUGAAAACAUGCCCAAUACACGGCACUGCUAUGACAUCUGGCAUGUUGCAAAAUCCAUCGGAAAGAAACUGAAGGCCAUCGCCAAGCAUAAGGACUGUGAAGACCUGAAGCCCUGGGUGCAAAGUAUAAUCAACCACCUCUACUGGGCAGCAGUGUCUACACCGCCUGGAGAGGGGGAACUUCUGGUUGCCAAGUGGAAGUCUGUGGAGCGACACAUUCAGAACAUCCACAAGGACCAUGGCGACCUCUUCCCAAUUUGUACUCAUGGACAACUGCAACGGCAAAAGAAAUGGCUCAAACAAAGUUCACGCUCAGCAGUGAAACUGGAGGAGGUGGUCAACAACAAGUCCCUGCUAAAAGAUAUCGCCAUGCUGUCGGGUGAACACCAGACUUCCAAGGUGGAGGCGUUCCAUAGCCUUAUCAUACAGUUCGCACCGAAAAUGUAUGUCUUCUCAUACAUCGGAAUGCUGUGCAGGAACCUGCUUGCUGGGCUGCACUGGAACGAAAAUUCGAGCCACCCUAUAGCCACUACACAAGCGGGUGCUGAGCGCUAUGCAGUACGCUACCCGAAGUAUAAAGCAGGGGGCCAUGUGGUCAAGAAAAUCGCGACAGAGCCAACAUACCGCUACGUAGAUGACUUGAUCAGGGAGGUUGUUGCUGGCUGCAGACAGACCCCUGACGAGAGAACACCACUCAGCGUCACUGUGGAUGUGCCUCCCUUCCUCUGCGAUGAACUGGAGAAGCCAGACAAGGAGGAAGCCAUCGCCAAGCACAGGAGUCGCUUCGGUAAGUGUGAAAUGCCCUCCCGGUAACAGUUAGAGAUGCUACCUCAGUAGAAGCAUUUAAGUCCCAUCUUAAAACUCAUUUGUAUACUCUAGCCUUUAAAUAGACCCCCUUUUUAGACCAGUUGAUCUGCCGUUUCUUUUCUUUUCUCCUCUGCCCCCCCCCCCCACGUGGAGGGGUUAUUCCGGUGACCAUGGAUAAAGUGCUGGCUGUCCAGAGUUGGGACCCGGGGUAUACCGCUCGCCUGUGCAUCGGUUGGGGACAUCUGCGCUGCUGACCCGUCUCCGCUCGGGGUGGCCUCCUGCUGGCUCCACUGGACCCUCACUAAUAUGUUAGACCCACUCGACAUCCAUUGCUUUCGGUCUCCCCUAGAGGGGGGGGGUUACCCACAUAUGCGGUCCUCUCCAAGGUUUCUCAUAGUCAUUCACAUCGACGUCCUACUGGGGUGAGUUUUCCUUGCCCGUGUGUGGGCUCUGUACCGAGGAUGUCGUUGUGGCUUGUGCGGCCCUUUGAGACAUUUGUGAUUUAGUGCUAUAUAAAUAAACAUUGAUUGAUUGAC